GGCCCGACCCGGCCGCUCGCAGCGCUGAGGGCCUCGGUGCGGAACGAGCGGGGCGGCGGGAGGUGCCGGGGGGGACGAUUUGGAGACGGACCGGGAGGCGGAAGGAGGAAGGAAGGAAGGGAGCGGAGAGAAACCGAACGAGAAACGAGGGGAGGAGGCGGCGGCCAUGGACGAACAGGGCUGUCCGCGAUGUAAGACCACCAAGUACCGCAACCCAUCCUUGAAGCUGAUGGUCAACGUCUGCGGGCACACGCUAUGUGAGAGCUGUGUGGAGCUGCUGUUUGUAAGAGGGGCUGGGAACUGCCCCGAGUGUGAUACACCACUGCGGAAGAGUAACUUCAGGGUACAGCUCUUCGAUGAUCCUGCUGUUGACAAGGAAGUGGAAAUUCGUAAGAAAGUGUUGAAAAUAUACAAUAAAAGAGAGGAUGACUUUCCCAGCCUACGUGAAUAUAAUGAUUUCCUGGAAGAAAUAGAAGAAAUUGUAUUUAACCUGACUAACAAUGUGGAUUUGGAGAACACCAAAAGGAAAAUGGAGCUGUACCAGAAGGAUAACAAAGAAGUCAUUCAGAAAAACAAGAUAAAACUGACCCGGGAGCAGGAAGAGCUGGAGGAAGCUUUAGAGGUAGAACGACAGGAAAAUGAACAAAGGCGACUACUUGAACAGAAAGAGGAACAGCUACAACAGAUGAUGAAAAGGAAGAAUAAACAAGCGCUCUUGGAUGAACUAGAGAGCUCCAGUCUUCCUGCUUCGCUGCUUUUGGCUCAGCAUAAAGACAGAUCUACUCAGCUAGAAAUGCAACUGGAAAAACCCAAACCUGCCAAACCAGUCACAUUUUCCACUGGCAUCAAAAUGGGUCAGCAUAUUUCAUUGGCUCCCAUUCAAAAGCUGGAGGAAACUUUGUAUGAGUAUCAGCCUCUGCAAGUGGAGACAUAUGGACCACCAGUUCCAGAGCUUGAAAGUUUGGGAAGACUGGGAUACCUGAACCACGUACGAGCCGCUUCUCCACAGGAUCUUGCUGGGGGCUACACUUCUUCUCUCGCAUGUCACCGAGCCUUGCAGGAUGCUUUCAGUGGUCUCUUCUGGUUCCCCAGUUAGCCAGCACACACCAGCUGCAAUAAGGGGAUGCUGGAUGAGGUGAGGAGCAAGAUAAGGCGGCAGAGGUUGGUAAAAUCGCUGCCAUCGCACAAUGGCUAAACUGCAGUCACUUUUCUGUGUCAAACCAGCUGUGUUUCAGUGCUAAAGGAAAAAAAAAACAAACCAACAAAGUCUGCACCAGGGUUUUGUAAAAUGGCAGAUACAUCUUUGUGGAGUGGGGAAGCUCGUUAGUCAUGUGGCGCUUUGCUGAGGGAGGCUGAAGCAAUAAAGCCACAUCUAAUGGAAGAUGUGAAUAACUCAGCUGCGUGUGUUUGAGGUUUAAAAAGAAUGAUACACUUGUAAAUUUCUUUAAAUAAAGCCAGACUUUUUAAGUUUCUAAAGUUCGUGGUUUAACUCUUAUUGCAGGGUUUUAUUUGCACAAGCGUUUAAAUGCCGUUUUGAUUAGAACUUUUAGUGUCAAUAUUCGAGCCUACAUUUUCUUCCCAUAAAACUGGCUUCCCCAGUUCAGACAAGGGGGUUUUUCCUCCUGCCAGCCGGGUGAGAUGAGAAACAAGGGAACUGUGCUGACACGACUCUUGUGUAGGAUCCUUCCUGAUGUCACUCGGUUGUUACCUCUAUCUAGAAAACAAGCCAAGUUUUAGCUGAAGGUCUUUCCACCUUGUUGCUCGAAGGCAGUCGAGGGGAUCUGUGUGUACGGCUGGUUCCUUGAAGUAGUCACAGCUGGUUUUGUUUCCUUAGCUCUGUUUGCACCUCCUGUGCCAAGUGUGCAGGAGCUUCUUUUGGCAGGACCAUCCUCCCCUUUGGCUGCUGGGACAAACCUGGCCGCUGGAUUUGCUGCUUUCAUGUAUCCCUUCCCCUCGCUCACGCUGACUGCAGCAGGAACAGGGUCCUGUCUUGGUGUGCUUUUCCCAUGGGGAUGGAUAAACUGCAGGAGGCUGGAAGCCAUUCAGGACAACGUGUGCCUUUAGAGUAAAGCCUGGACCACGUUUUAUGUCACCCAUUCCUAGUUGUUGAAUACUGCUCUGAGGAGCGUACUGACCAAAUGUAUUUUUUCUGAGUUGUAAUAAAGAGAAGAAUAAGCUCAA